AUGAUGGUCAAGCUUCUUCCUAUGAUUGUUCUCAAGGGCAUAACCCUUACCUUUGGCCUUGCAAAGGUGGCCCGGGCUGGCUUCCUUGACGAGGGCUGUGGCUACCUCACUGACGGACCCCAGUUCGCCCUGCGUGGCGACGGUAGUGUCACCACCUACUGCGAGGACAACAUCUGUGGAUCGUCCACCUUCAGUGUCAUCAACCUCAACGACUGCCUCUCCAACGUCCUUGGUGACCUCCAGGAGACUUGCCAGGAUUGUGCCCCCGAUGGCUUCGCCGACAUCAAAUGCAAGUGCAAGACGCUUGCGGGCGACUACAAGGAGACCAGCAUCGAUCUCAACGAGGUCCUGACCAACUGGAACGGCUACCUCUCCUGCCGCGGCGGCAUCUCCGACUGCUACAACACCAAAUGGGUUUGCAAGCCCAAGGACUGGUGGCCCGAGGGCCCUCCUCCUGAGAUCUUCAGCACCGACUGCGACAUCUGGUCUUGA